CAACCCACGGAAACUUUUAGUGGAACAGUACACAUGGACCCCGUCUUUACCGCAGAAGACAACUCCUGCAUGGGCAACAACGUCUUCUUCACCCCCGGAGCCCGCACAUAUUGGCAUACGCACGAGCAUGGCCAAAUUCUUUCGGUCACGAUGGGCACAGGACUAAUCUGCUCGAAAGGGCAAGCGCCAAGGAAAUUACAGGUUGGGGAUAUCGUGCAUAUUCCUGCUGGAGAAAUGCAUUGGCAUGGGGGGAGUUCGACGACGAUGAUGGCGCAUUUGGCGAUAAGUUUGGGG